AUGCAGAUCUCCGCUCUCCUCCUCACUAUCGCCGCGGCCGCUGUCGCCAACGCCCAGACCAACUCUGACGGGACCUUCUCCGACACAAAUGCCUUUGGAGGCCCUGUCACCACCGACCUGACCAAGUGCGGUGAGAUCCUACCUACCACCAACUAUGUCGCUCCCGAAGUUUUCUCUGCCGAGACCUGUCUUCAGAAGUUUGACUGCUAUGAUGUGAACUACGGAUACAAGUCAGUGAGAGAUGGUCACUCGAACUACAGAGAUAUUCCUGCCCCUGUUUCUCAGGCUGUCUCUGAUUGCGACCACUGCCUUGCCAAAGCUUGGCAUGGCUGCCCGAACACUCAGGGUUUCCCGGUUGAAGGAAUGAACACCGCAGAUAGGGAGUGUGUCGAGAAGAGCUACAAGGAGUGCAAGCCAUCAGACCCUCUCACUGAUGAGGCGUUCAAGUGGGAGCCAGUUAUUGCCCCCAUCGAAGAUGAGGCGGGCCACAGGACCGGUAUGUCGGUCGAGGAGGGAAGCACUGCUUAA